CCCUUUGCGAGUUGUCCUUCCCGCCAUUUUCAAACCCGGUGUAUCUUCAGGUAUUUUAGCUGAUAAUCUGGAGCAAUAUGCCACUGCUUGGACGACGAAGUCAUGUUUUAGCAAGACCUUUAAAGGACAAGACAUCAGAAGAGCCUAUUUAUGUGAUCGAUUUCACCAGAGAGGAAUUUAGAUCGCGAGAAGAAUAUAAUAAGAGAUUAGAACUAUAUCGUGAUUCGGUUUGGACGUGUCAGUGCACCGGUAGAAAUGAGCUCACUUACCAAGAAGCACAGCAUUCUGAAAAGAAAUCACGACGACAGCUGAAUGAACACUUUCCAUUGUAUCUGGAGAAGCCAAUACUUCAAAUUGUACACCACAACACAAUUCCUUUGGAUAAUUUAGUUGACAAAUGCUACCACAAUAUUCAUUCUGUGUAUGCGGACGGGGAACCCAUUGAACUAAAUAUAAAGAUCACCGGAAAAAUACCAAUAGAACAACAAGUGGAUUUGAAGAUAUCUGUGGAAGAUCUUCCGAGCAAUUGUAGUUCACCAUCAAGUGACAAAGAAAAUAGUGAGGGAGCAUCAUCAUCAUCAUCAUCCACUGUUGGCUCUCCUAAAAAGGAGCAAAUUAAUAAGCAUCUAUAUAAAUACCAUGUACAAAUUCAAGAAGGAAAGAUUGUGAGUUCAGUGCCUGCUGCAGAAUUAAAGAGAGUCAACAGGGUACCGAAUAAGGAUCUCAUUAAAUUAUUUAUUCGUUCUCAUGCCGUAAGGGCUGGUACAAAUCCUAACAGUCCAUGGGUUGUGGAGGAUUUACUAGUGAGAAAAUACUCGCUGCCGAGCAAGUUUGCUGAACUAUUACUAUCACCCAAGAAGAUAUCACCGACUGGCGGUCUUGGAAAAAGAAAAUCACUAACUUCGACUAGUAGUCCCAAACCAUCAAAGAAGGCGAAAGUAUCGGACACUAAGUUGAAGAAGAAAUCUAAUAGUUCAAAUGAAUCAAAUAAAAAGAAAAGCAAACCGACAGUGCCAUCUACCUCUAUAAAAAAAUUCAGUUCCCCUGGCAAAAGUGGGAAAAAAAUUGCACGUUCUCCCCCAAAACAGUCUAGUCAAACUAUUAUCGACAUUAGCUCCAGUUCAGAAUCGAGCUCUGAUUCUGAAUGCGAGUCCCAACCUCUGAGUGCUCUGAAGAAGAAGAUUGAGGAGAAAGCUAUCAAAUCUGGCUCACCAACAAAAAGCAACACUUCAUCAAAGAACUCAACUCCAAAAAAGAAAACAAAAGAUUUAAAAAAGAAAAAGGCAGAUGCCAAAAAAGAUGACAAAAAGAAAACAAAAGGAAAAUCAAUUAAACUUAAAAACGAUAAGGAUGAGAAGAAAACAAAGAAAAAAGAGAAGAAUGUUGGUCGGUCUCAGAAUAAAGAUUCAUCCAAACGAUCUCCCAAGAAAUCACCGUCAAAAUCACCACAGAAGCCAUUGAGAGGGAAGAAGGUGCAAGUGACGUUAUUUGAUAUUGCUAAAAAGAAGGGAAUGAAAGUUGAAGAAAGGAAGACUCCGAAAUCACCCAAGUCGCCGAGACGUCCCAGACAAGCUCUCAUUAUCAUAAAGGCUGAAAAAGCUAAAAGAGAAAAGGACAUGGCAAAGUACCACAAGUUUAUUGUUCAAGCCGCUAGGCAACUGACAACACAACAACGAGCUGAUAUACGCAAUCCAGACAUCCAAUCAGAAGUCGAGGAAAGAUACAAAUCGAGAAUGGAAAAGUUGAAAUGGAAAUCUAUGACACCAGAAGAGAGGACGAAAGCCUUGCAGCAAAAACGAGAAGAAAGAAAACAAAAAGUCAAGGAAGUAAGGCAACAAGAAAGAAAUUUGAAAAAAGCGAAAGCCAUGCGUUACGAGGAUCAGGAGUUAGACAACCCUCCUCUUCCAGUGCCUAAACUUGUACAGUUACCAGAAGGAUUACCAAAUACAUUAUUUGGAGACGUAACCAUGGUAGUGGAAUUCAUUAGUUCGUAUUCUGAAUUGUUAAUGCCGGAUGAUCCUUACCCAGUCAAUGCUGAAUGUCUUGUACAGGCCUUGGCUUCAGGGGCACAAGGAUUUGGUUACAUAUCCAGGGUGAUUGUCAUUCUAUUGCAAACUCUGCUUCAAGAUGCAAUAGCGGAGGAUUAUAAAGAAUUGAGUGUUGUACUCUCAGACAUUCCUGUCAACAUGCAUACUGCCUCAGAACUAGUUAGAUUAUGUCUGCGGCCGCAUGAUGAUGAAUAUGACAGCAGUCAUGACGGUGACAGUGAUGUGGAUGAUAUUAAAGAUGAUGAUGUGGAACUGGAGUUGAUUGAAAAACUGGAGAGCAGCGAGUUGCAUGAACUCGAAGCUAGUGAUAUUCUGCAGAUCUUAGUUGGUCUGUGUCACAGAAUAAUGUCAUCAUUCUCGAUACAAGAUCACAUGCAAGAAAAACAAAAAAUUGCCAGCAAAUUAUGGAAACAAAGAAUACAGUCACAAAAAAAAGAGAAAGUGAGAAGAUUGGAAGAAAAGAAACAAAAAAAACAAGGAGCUGACAAACCAACAAAAAAUGAAAAGGAGAUUUCUAAAACGGAUGAGACUAACGAAACAAAGCAGGAAAGUGAUGAAAUCAAAGAUGAGAUUAAGGUGACCAAAAAAGAACCACUUCCACCAGCGCUGAAAAAAGAAGAAAAUGAGGAAGAACUCCCGCCUGAAAGUAAUAACGAUUUGGCAUCCAUUGUUAAACGGAGGAGAAUUAUGGCUGCCCGGGAGAAGCGACUGAGAGCAGAACAAGAAAUCAUACAAAAAGAAAGGCGACAAAAAGAAUAUGAAGAGCAGAAGAAACUGAAAGCAGAACAGCAGCAUAUCAAGGCUUUUGAGGAGGGUAUUUUAUCUGCCAAGUUGUCACUUCGACAAUCACCUAUUGGUACAGAUCGUAACCACAACCGCUACUGGGUUUUCCACCACGUAUUUCCUGGUCUUUUUGUUGAGAAAGGAUGGGUCCAUACAAGUAUAGAUUACUGUGUACAGAAAACCGAUGCGAAGAAUGACGACAAUGAAAGCAGUAAUGACGACGAGAACGACAGUGAUAGUGAUAAAGAAACGGCGAGCAUUAUGACGAAUAUGGAAGAAAAGAAAAUAUCUGCUGGAAAAACUGUUCCCAAGACUGGUCAAAAUCUAUGGUUCCAGUACGACAGUCAGAAAGAACUUGAUGAGCUUAUACGGUUGCUAGACAACAAUGGAAUCCGAGAAAGUGCCCUCUGUGUUGAGAUAAAAAAAAAAUAUCAAGACAUCAUCAAGACCAUGAAUAUGAGUAAAAGGUCAUCUCCUGAUUUGAGGGACAUCAAUGGCGACCAGGAGCUCCUUGAAAGCUUCAAAGAAGACCUACUUGAAACUGAAACCAGGGUCAGAAAAGGUGGACUUGGCGGUGUUGAUCAAUAUGAAAUUUGGGAGAAGAAACUGGAAACUGCUGUAAAAAUAAAAGAUUUAGGGGCUUUGCUUAUAGAGACUCAAUCUGAAGUCUUACUCAAAUUUCUGCAAGGAAUCAUGAAACCACGAUCUACAAAACCAAAGGAGUACGAGGCUGUUAAAGACACAGAUGAGGAGGCCAGCACUGCUGGUGAUGGUGAUCCUGAGUCUUUGAUAUCGAAGAAUGUUUUACGGUGGCAGGAAGCGGUCAGAGAAUGUCCCACUAUGUCCAGAUUACAUGUAUUGCUAGGAAUAUUAGAUGCAUCCAUAAAAUGGGAAAAGUCGGCGGAGAAUGCUAAAUGCAAAAUCUGUCGAAAGAAAGGAGAUGAGGAUAAGUUGUUGCUAUGUGACGAGUGUAACCAGCCAUUUCAUCUAUACUGCUUAAGACCAGCAUUAUCAUAUGUACCAAAGGGAGACUGGAUGUGUCCAGCGUGCAAGCCUUCUGUUGCAAGAAGAAAUUCAAGAGGGAGAGAUUACGCAGAAUUGAAUGGAGGUUCAGAUUCGGAUGAAUAUGAUGAAACAGACAGUGAUGAAUCGGAAGCUGAACAUGAUGAGAUGUGUUGUAUGUGUGAUGACGAUCAGGAAUUGGUGUACUGUUCACGAUGUCCGGCAGCCUAUCACAGAGAGUGUCAUGAUCCUCCUCUCAGAAACUUUCCUAGAGGAAAAUGGGUGUGCUCUGCAUGCACAAAUUGUAGAUCAUCUAGAAGCACGUCAAGAAGGAGAAAAGCGUUAAAAAAGAAGUCAUCCGGAAAACAAACCAAGGCAAAGCCAUCAAGGAAAGCUGCAUCAUCUGCCAGUACUACUAAAACCACUGCCAGUGACAGUGUCUCAAGGAAGCGACGAGCUGAUACAAGUCCGGAUGAUCAGACUUUUCGAUCAAGCAGUAGGUCCCAAAGGUCCCAAAAUGACCUCAAGGCGUGUGAAGAUAUAUUGAAUAAGUUGACGCGUCACAAGGACAGUUGGCCGUUCAGAAAACCAGUGGAGAAAGUAGAGGCACCAGACUACUACGACAUUAUAUCGGAUCCUAUGGAUUUCCAAACUAUGAAGAAUAAAUGUCUCUGUAUUGAAUAUAAAUCAGUGGAUGCAUUUAUGGAAGAUAUUAAGCUGGUAUUCAAUAAUGCAGAAAUUUACAACAAGACUGGGUCUGAGGUACUACAAUGCCAGGAAUCAUUAGAGGAACAUUUUGCUGAACUGGUGGAGAAAUUCUUGCCCAGCUAUGACUACGAGAGAGUUAGUCCAGUAGAUCUAGAGAUGCAAAAAAGAAUUGGUACAAGCUCCUCCACUCAAACACACGAUGAUCACUCCUAUGUUAGCACCAGUAAAAGAAGACGACUGGAUAAAUAACUAAUCUGUGAAUGGAAUUUGGCAAGCUCUAAGAGAUGAAUCAACUCGCGGAAUGGCUCAGUUUACCACUCACCCUAUUAUGUUAUCAACAAUCUGAAUUCAUCUCUACAUCGGUUGAUGUUUCUUUCAUUCAUCCACAAAGUACCAAUACAUAUAGUGUACAUUCUAUUGAAUAUUUUUUCCAGAGACAACCUUUUUAAAAAUUAGAUUUGGGAGAAAGCGGUGUGUGCCCCUUGCUGCCCAGACUGUGUUUUGUAUUGUAUACUUUGCAUAUGUAGUAUUUACACGUUUGUUUAAAUUAUAAGACCACAGUUCGCUAGAACAUGAUAACUUAUUAAGUAUUUAGAUGAAUGACAUCUGCGAUAGCAUGGGAACAAAAUUGUACAUUUUUUUGCAAAAGUAUGGUAGCACUUUUAGAAUUUUAACUGUUUGCUUUAUAAUUCAUUUAUUAUAUGUGUAUGGUUUAAUAAGUCAGCGAAUAUUGUCAUAACGACAGUAUUUUGAUGAUAAACUUUAUUAAAGGUAUACAGGGAAUUACUCAGAAUUCAUACUUUCAUGUUUUGACAAAUUGCGCAACAUUAUCUUGAAUAUCACAACUUUAUCACAGUAUUUCAAAUUUUCUGAAAACAAGGUAUUUCAUAUGUGUAGCAUACAUCACAUAAGGAUUUGACACGCCACCACCCUUUAAAGCGGGGGAAUCGUCACCUGCGCAUGCGACACAGUCAUAGCGUGUCGUUGUUUACAAACAAGCAUCUACCCAUGAGUCGUUGCCGUUUUAGCGUGUGUUGUUAUCACUUGGGACUCCAUUCUCGCGUGUGCAGGUGACGACCCUCUCGCUUUAAUCAAAACAGAUUUAUUGAUAACUUCCUCUCAUGAAGUUCAAGCAUGAGUGAUCUAUUCGCACAGUAGACAAGAUUACGAGAAUUAAUUCAGUCGCAACCCAAUCCCCAAUAUUGCCUUGAAUGUAAUGAGGUGUGUUUUUAUCUGCAUAAGGAUUGUGACAAUCUUCUCAAUAAACCAUUUUUCUUUUACUGUGACAUCAAAUUUGUGUUGGAAUUGACAAACGUGAUUUCAAGUAAUGUGCUAUAAGAAUUUUAUGAUGGUCAUAUUUCAUGAAGUAUUUGAAAUAAAAAUGUAAAAUCAAGUCAUUCUAUUUUUGGUCCGAGCUUUUCAAGCAAUAUCUCGCAGAAAACAACCAUUCAUUUUUGAAUAUGUUAAUGAUAUUUUCUGGAUUGCCGCCAACAUUCUGCAGUUUUGCCUUAUAUGGUAAUGACAUGAUCUUAAUGUAGAUAAAUGCCAUAUAUGAACUUGUUCAAAAGUUCCCAGUGUUGCUUUAUAUAGACUUCUAUUCUUAAUGCAAGAUGUUUUGGUCCACACCAAAUGGUAUUUGGAGGUCACGCUCAGUGAUGUCACUUCUACUGUACACUGCUUCAUCAAGCUAAACUUGCAUUUUAUUGUUGUAAUGUAGGAAGAGAAUAUAUAACCCGAUAAAAAC